CGGUGCCGCAGCAGUUGCCCCUGGUAACGGGGGAGGCCGGAGGAGGAGGAGGAGGAGGAGGAGGAGGAGGAGGAGGAGGAGGAGGGAUUCGGCGGGAGGAUGGGCUUGCUCUCAAUUUUGCGCAAAUUGAAAAGUGCACCAGACCAGGAGGUGAGAAUCCUUCUCCUGGGCUUGGAUAAUGCUGGCAAGACCACUCUUCUGAAGCAGCUUGCAUCUGAAGACAUCAGCCACAUUACACCUACACAGGGUUUUAACAUCAAAAGUGUACAAUCACAAGGUUUUAAACUGAAUGUAUGGGACAUUGGUGGACAGCGAAAAAUCAGACCAUACUGGAGGAAUUAUUUUGAAAAUACUGAUAUUCUUAUAUAUGUAAUUGACAGCGCAGACAGAAAAAGAUUUGAAGAGACGGGUCAGGAACUAGCUGAAUUACUGGAGGAAGAAAAACUAAGUUGUGUGCCAGUGCUCAUCUUUGCUAACAAGCAGGAUUUGCUCACGGCAGCCCCCGCCUCUGAAAUUGCAGAAGGACUGAAUCUGCACACCAUCCGAGACCGAGUCUGGCAGAUCCAGUCCUGCUCAGCUCUCACAGGCGAGGGCGUUCAGGUGAGAUUACCAGAAGGCUUGGUUACCUGGCAACGUGGCACCCAACCAGCGUGGUCUGUCUCACUGGUUGGGCUGAUCUAGAUAGAAAAAGAUCUGAAACAAAUAGCUUUCGAUUAGUAGAUGAACCGCUCCAGGAUGUGAAGGGCACCGAGGAGUUUGGUUCUUUUUACUUAGCAACCAAUCUGAUAAUCAUUAACUGUUCCAGGAAAGCCACAGAUAAACCACCCACACACAGGACAGACUACCCCACUGGGUAGGAGGUCAGAACCGAAGACCUUAGGAGAUGCUUUCUAACUCUAGGAUUCUUUGAUGAUUGGGUUGGGGGUUUGUGUUGUGUCUAAUAUUAUGGAUGCUAAAUAGUUGUGUUCCCGCGGUAACAGCCAUCAACAAUACGCACACCAGUUAUCCUAGAAGUGUUUUGAUUUUUCUGUUGGCUAUCUCCACUGCCCGCGGGGGUGGUGUCUCUUUCCUGUUACUUCAGGUUGGUUUCCCGCCGGAGGCUUCUGCUGACAGAAAGCCCCAUCAUGCUUUAUACUGAGGAACCGUAUACCAGAAGAGCAGUCUCCCCUCAUUUGUUAUUAAUUUAGGGCAGAAAAUGGUUGUAUCCCAGAUACCUGAGAGCCUAUGUCCUCAAAGAAUGAUAAACCAUUUCAGCUCUGAUGCUUCCCACCAGGCAGCCUCAGACCAGUUGACACUCAGGGCUACUUCUUUACGCUGGAGCCCCAGCAUGUUCCCCAUGCCUCAUUUUAAACAUCUGGUGUACCUGCCAGGGAAGUGACACAGUGCUGUGAGAACCAGGCAGUACUGCUCUAGAAUGCUGUGGGGCUUAACAACAUCUGAAGAAAUGGUAUCUUCCCUCAUUGCCAUAUGGCGUGUGUCAUAAUAGCAUGGCCGGUUUGCUUUUCUCUCAGCUUGGUUUGUUGGGAUUUGAUUCUCAAUUUUUGUCCUGCAGCCUCUCUCCAUUUCCCUUCUAAUACCCUUUUUCCCUCUCUCCUAAGACAUUUGACAUUGAUUUGUCUUAAAACUGCCUGACUGCUUUUAUCUCAAGCAAAUAAUCACUUCCAACAAUUAUCUCAGUUCCAUCUGUUUGCUGCCUUGGAUUUUUUCUUUUUGUUACACAAACAGCCAGAGCCUGCUCCCGUGCUUGGCCUCCGGAUCUGAGGGCAGACCAGCCAGCACAGGGCAGGCGCCUCCUCCUCCACACUCCUCAAUACCUGCACCCUCGGAAACACUCCGUGUGCGUGCGCGUUAAGGGGCUCUCAAGUAGCCAGACAUUACCUUCGCUGCGUCCCCAGAAUGGAUGGCAGAGCUCUGUGGGUCUCUGUGAGUUUUAGGUUUGGGGAGGGGGCAGGUGUGGACUCUUAUUUCUGUCCUUCCUUUCUAGACUCUGAUUAUAAAAGUAAUAUAUUAAAAGUAAUUGUUAAUCAUAUACAAGUAUAUAAAACUGAAAAGUUCUUUACUCUCCCCUAAUCCUGCUCAACAAAGGAACUAAUCCCACUAAUAGUUUUUUCUUCUUGAGUCUCCUCCAUAAAAUGGCAGUCACAUAUGUGAUUAUAGGUCUAACAGGUUUCAAAUUAACUGCAUUUUUCAGCUUAAUUUACAAGCUGGUCCAACAAGUAUGCUGCAACCCAGGAUGGUUUUGAUUGGUAAACUUUAAUCAUUUUAUUUAGCUUCUCACUUAAAAAAAGAAACCCAAGUUUUGCCUAAGGCAGUUACCUGGAUUGUGCAUAAAAUGCUAUUCAGGAAGCCUGAGGUUAUUUUGGGGAGGAGGAGGCCCGGGAAAAGACAGUAGCUUUCUUGUGUUUGCACAAACUACUUCAGGAAGAGGAUUCUGCCUCUAAAUGGUUUAGAAUGCAAAUAUAGAAAGUAGAGAACAAGGAUGCCUGGCUGGCUCAGUUGGUAGAGCAUGGGACUCUUGAUCUUGGGACUGUGAGUUCGAGCCCCACUUUGGGUAUAGAUUUG